GCAGGACUGCGCCCGGCCCGCCCGACGCCAUGUCCAUCCGCAAGGCACUGGGCGCGGUGAAGGACCAUGCGACGAUCGGCAUCGCGCGGGUGACGGGCGCCGUGGCGCCCGACCUGGACGUGGCCAUCGUGCGCGCCACCUCCCACGACGACGCGCCCCCGGACGAGCGCCACGCGCGGGAGGUGCUCCGCCUCGCGUCCGCCACGGGCGCCGCCCCCGCCUGCAUCGCCUCACUCGCUCGCCGCCUCUCCCGGACCCGCGACUACGUCGUCGCCGCCAAGUGCCUCUCGCUGCUGCAGCGCCUCGCCUCCGCCGAGGGCGACGUGGAGGGCGGAGCCGGCACGCGGCCGUUCCUCCACGAGCUGCUCCGCCCCGCCGUCUCGGGCCGCCGCGCGGGAGAGCCCGUCCUCGCGCUGCUCCUCGACUUCCGCGACGACGCACACCCGGGGUCCUGGGACCACUCCGCCUUCGUCCGCGCCUACGCCACCUACCUCCUCGACCGCGUCCGCUUCCUCGUCCUGCUCCUCCCCGCGCCGCCGCGCUUUUCCGACGGCCGCGUCGCGCCGGGACCACCGCAGGCGCCGGCGGACGACAUGGACGCGGAGGCGCUCCUGGGCCGCGCGCGCCACCUGCGGCACCUGCUCGACCGCCUCCUGGCGUGCCGCCCCGCGGGCGCCGCCGGUGCCAGCCGCGUCGUGCGCGCCGCGCUCCACCCGAUGCUCAGGGACAGCUUCCGCGUCUACGAGGACGUGGCGCUCCUGCUCGCCCUCCUCCUCGACCGCUUCUUCGACAUGGACUACUCCGACUGCGUCAAGGCCUUCGAGACCUACGUCGGCACCGCCAAGCAGAUUGACGCGCUCCGGGCCUUCUAUGCCUGGUGCGAGGACGCCGGCAUCGCGCGCUCGUCCGACUUCCCUGACGUCAAGCGCGUCGACGACAAGUUGCUCGAGACGAUGGAGCAGUUCCUGAGGGAGCGCGGCAGGGCGGGGCGCGCCUGGGCAUCACCGCCGGCGCCAUCACGACUCGCACACCAGCCUGAUGCGAACGCGCAAGGCGACGACGGCCAUGUCGACGGCAUGAACAGCAUCAAGGUGCUCCCGGCGCCGUCAACGCGCUCCAUCGGCGCUGAGCCUGCCACACCCAGACCGGCGGAAGAGGCCAGUCAGUCCGACCUGGUGGACCUAAGAGAAACUGCUGCUACCGCGGACGAGGAGGGCAACAAGCUGGCGCUCGCGCUCUUCUCUGCGCCGCCGGCCACGAACGGCAGCUGGGUCACGUUCCCAUCGGGACCGGACGCCGCCCCAGAGCCAGCGGUGACCUCGGCGUGGCACACGCCCGCCGCGGAGCCCAGGAAUGCGGAUUGGGAGCUGGCGCUGGUGGAGACGGCGAGUAACCUCUCCAAGCAGGCGGCUUCGCUGGGUGGCGGGAUGGACACGCUGCUCCUGGGCGGGAUGUACGACCACGGCGCCGUGAGGCGGCAGGUGGCCGCGCCGGGGAGCGCGAGCAGCAUGGCGCUGCUGCCCGGGCAUCAGGUGGCUCCGGUGCUGAUGCUCCUGGGCCCCGACGGCAGCACAGCGCGUCAGGUGGCCGGGGGCGACCCGUUUGCGGCGUCGCUGGCGGUGCCGCCGCCGUCGUACGUGCAGAUGGCGGAGAUGGAGCGGAAGCAGCAGCUGCUGGUGCAGGAGCAGCAGAUGUGGGCGCAGUACCGGCAUGGUGGCAUGCAGGGGCAGCCCGCCGGGUUCAACAACGGCCUCGCCGGCGGCAGCGUGUUCGCGCCGAACGCCGCCAUGGCCGUGCCCUAUGGGGGGUAUGGGUACUAUUAACGAUGCGACUGCGAGCCUUGCUAAUUUUCCGCGAUGAAUGAUGAAGUCUUUGUCAGCAAACCAGUAUCAGCAGAGGUAACUGAAGUGUUGGGCCAGGAAGAUAAGGCUGAAAGUGUCCAUGGGCUGAAAAGGAGCGACAGAUCUGGGCCAGAGUGGAUGGCGUGAGGCAAAUGCUGCAGCAGAAGAUGGCCGUAAUAGUGUCGCUUGAGCUUUAAGCUAGUGGGCUUUGUGCUGGCAUGUAAUAAGUAGUGGAAAGGAGUUGGAGAAAGGCAUCAAAGAUUGUAACUGAAUUCUGUUUCCUAAGAUUCUCUCGGCUGCUGCCGUUCUUCC